GUUUUUCAGCCACGGCCUGGAGAUCAUGAAAAGUAUGGAGGUGACCCUGAGCAGCCCCACAAAAUCCAUGUUAUUACUAGAAUAAAAAGUGUGGUUGGUCGCCCAUAUUGGGAAAAGAAGAUAGUACAUGAUCUUGGACUGGAUAAAGCACAUCAGCCAAGACUGCACAAAAAUAUCCCUUCUGUGAAUUCAAAACUGAAAGUUAUUAAACAUCUGAUAAGAAUACAGCCACUGAAACUACCUUAUGGAUUGCCAACAGAAGAGGAAAUGUCGGACACCUUUCUUACGAGCAAGGGAGAGCUUGUCAUUAAACAGCGUCUAAAACCUGUGGAGCAGAAAGAAAUUAAGUCAUAAGGUGUGCUGGUUGGAUUUAUAUUUUAAAAAAUAAAUAAUUUAACUCCUGAGUUAAGAGUUUGUGUAUGAA